CGUGCAUCGAUGGUGCUUUCGUGCAGUGCCCGCCAACUUCAAGUUCUCACGCGCAUUGGUCAUGUUCAUGUUAGUAGAACUUGUUUUAACAAAAUACUUUGGCGUAACCACCAGACUGUGAACAAUCAAGAUAGGGAGAUGCCAACAACCAUAGGUUGAAUACUUUGGACUGUCAGUAGUCGGCUAUUUGCCGCUGUGAAGUAUCCAGCAGAUGAAUGAGACGAUGCUCGAGACUUUAGUUUCUCAGAGAAGUGCAGAGUGGCAGGAGCUGAGGCAACGAGUUCAGCUGACGGCCUCCAAGUUCGGGGAUGCUGUCGGUGUGGGACAAGGAAGACCAUAUGACUUCUUUUUGUCCCUGCUCUCGGACGACGCCUGCUCUCAGGAAAAUAAAGAAAGCGAGUACACAAAACAUGGAAGACGUAUGGAGCCAAUCAUAGACGAGGCAUAUCAGCUCCUGACCGGGAACGAGACACAUGCAGCUGGCUUCUGGCAGCCACAAGAGGGCAGCAUACUGCACAGCCUCUGUGGUGCCACACCUGAUGGCAAAAUUUUGUCAGCCAGCGAGCCCAAGAAGCUCAUAGGGCUAGUCGAAUACAAAGCCCCAUUCUUCCAGUUGUAUGACUGCUCCAAGCAUCCCCACGGCAUCCCUAGACACUACAUGGCUCAGAUCCAGGGCCAGAUGGCUAUCUGUGAGGCUCCGUGGUGUGAUUUUAUGGCGGUGUCUACCCAGACCAGCGAAGUCAGUCUCCAAAGGGUCCACUUCAGCAGGGCCUACUGGCAGUGCGUGGCCAAGAAGCUCAGGCAAUUCAGCCUGACGCUCAAGGAGGCCAAACAGAGGAAGGAGCUGGGAAAACCGUUUCUCAACUUUCCUGGCAUACAGAGAUUGAAGAAUGAACCUAUUGCAAGAACCUUACUGCCGGGGGAAAAUAGCAUCACGGUAGAGAAUCUUUUAGAGGUCAACAGCAAGGGUCAGUUUCGAUCUUCGUCAGGAACGUGGAUGGAUUUUGAUUUCCUCAUGGGGAAUCCAGUCCCGGGUACCAGCCAUCUACAGGGGUACCAGUACGAUUGUAUCCUGAGAGAAAUAGACAGUGCAAUUCGGAAGCGGAACAUUCCAGACUUGGAAGCUGUCAAAUAGAUAACAAUGAUUCAUGUAUUUCCCUUUGACAUGCACUUUUGUGAAUGGUUCUCUGUGGCUUAGCAGCAAAGGUGUUUAAUUUGACGGCACCCCCACUUUGCUAAUGAAAGUGUAUUUUUUACAUUUUAGAAGCAGUGAAUGCACAAUAGGACAAUCAAAGUUUCACCAACUAAGCUUCGCUGGGUCCUAUUCCCAUCCAUAGAUUAUAGACCUCAAGCAAUCUGCAAAUUUCAGCCAGGAAAUGAGGCCAAAACCUCUCAUUCUAUUGGACCAAAAUAGGCUUGUGGUCUGCAUGCAGUUGUCCAUGACAGGAGAUGUUGUGUUACCCCUGAGAUGCUGUCCUAUCUGCUCCGUUAGUCCCCAAGCAGUUGUGUCUCAUAUUCAGCACUGUUUACUACGCUUACAAAUUCAAUAUUCAGAUGAUUUUUUGUGAGUGCAUUCUGAGGGUAUGUCUAGGUCCAAAGCUUGCAACAAAGGAAGCAAGGUGACGAAGAACAAUCUUCCUUAAAACAGUGGAACCUAAUUAAAGACAUCUAUUCAUGUUGGGACUUUUUAUCUGACUCUUCCGUGUGAUCUUGGAUCCAGUACGCUUUUCAUUGGUGGCAUUCUUUGGAAUUGUGACAAAGUGUCUGCAUUGGAAUGUUGCUAGUGUAAUAGAGGUGAAUUUAAUCUUUUUUUUUGUUAGUCCACGUAGCUAUAUAGAAGUGGUACCCCCCAGUUUACCCAGCAAAAACCUGCAUUGUGUGUACCCCUGUGUAAAGUGUUUGUUUAAGAGGCAUGCAGCUCUAUGACCAAGCAUGCUUAGGGUCUUUGUUCAGUAAGCAGGUCAGCAGCCAAGGAGUGCACAUGUACAUAAAGUCUCCUCUGAAGAUGUGUAGAACCUGCAGUGGACUUGGUUGUUGAAGUUUGAUUGUAAUUGAUUUGUGCCUUUUCUUGAUACUGUGUUUGGUUUGGUUUUUUGGGGGUCGUUAUUUUCUUAUUACCCGGUUCUGUAUUUUGUGCAAGCGAUUUCCCCCCAGAGUUGUCUUCUUCUAGUGUUCCAUUUUUGCAGGUUACACUUGCCUUGUAUAUGACGUUCUAAUCAGACCCUGAAAACAUACGCCAUCAUGCUAUUCUAGAAGACGACAUUGGGCUGGCAGGUUUUACACCAGACAUUAACCUAUUGCCAUGGAGAUAUAGUUGAAAUUCCUUUAAUCUAAAGAUUAUUGAAGGACCCUUAUCAGACUGAGAACAGACUUGCUCACUGGGAAGAAAGUUUCUUGAAGCCAGGGCUAUGGGUUUGUCUGACUGUGACGUAUUAAAGGGACAUCACUUGGCUUAGCAGUA